AUGGCACGCACGGGUGGUGGAGGCCGCCGACCUCUACUGGGUCGGCAUGGGAAGACGCUUUUUUCAACGGUUGCGUUAGUUCUCCAUACUACGACUUUGACGACCAAUGUCCUCAACUUUGUGCAGGCACAGACGGAAAGCGCCGAGGUUGCGCCGGGUUCUGUUUCCGAGCGUGUUCAAGAAUGGUCGCAGAACAGUCCCGAGAAAAAUAACGAAUUCUUCACGAUCAAGUUCGACAUGCUUAAGUUAAGGCAGACAACGUUGAAGAGCAUACUAAUGUUAUAAUAAAUACAUAGCAUUUGUAGUUGUCAUCAACUACUAUUAUAACGAUUAUACCAAGUAAUCUAGAAAGCAAGUAAGUACAAGUAGGUUUGGAAAACCUAUAAUUUCUCGUAUUUUCCGGCUCUUCUCUCACGCGUAGGCUUAGCAGCUAUAUUACUCAACGUUUAGUAGAACCAUCUUCUUCGUCAUCAGCAUGUUUCUAAGGACCGUGACGCAUGCAACGGAGGACAUUUAUCUGAAGUUGCCGACUUGCGGAGCCGGUAAGGAGUUGGUUCGCAAGGUUAUGGUCAUGUUACCGGGGACAUUUUCCUCGAGCGACGUUCUCUCCAACGGGAAGCUGAAUAUUACUGACACCUGCUUCAAGAACUUCAACAUCGACAAGAACAGCAAACCCGCACCUGGAUACACCCUGCAGUGGCCUUAUGGACGAGGCAGUCUAGAUUUUUUCACCUUACUUUACAGAAGUGUUAGACUAGUAGUCGUGCUCGAUAUCUGUAAUGCGUCAUCAUCGGAGACAAUCUUUAGUUCUUCUUGCUUGUAGUCGUGCAGCUUGAUCGCUGCAAGUUUCCUACAAGUACAAGAGGCGAGAAAAUUAUGUAUAAUCAAUAUUUUCUAUUCUACUUCUUAGGUCUGCAGCUCCACCAGCUCUAUUAAAAACUAGAAGUUGCAUUUCUACUUGGACACCACAUCAUUCUUGGAGAUGCACCACGACCGAGUUCUUCUUGGAGUAGAUUAUGUGCUGUAUGAUACUGGCUCCUUUCCUCGCUAAUCUUCGUCAUAUGAUGAGAAUGGAGCAUCGGUCAAGGGUUGCAAAGGAAUCACUUACGAGGAUGAGAUACCCAUGACCUGCUGUCCUGCGACAGGUGCUUCUACUGUGGCCGGGGGCGACACCUACGCCGUUGAAUUCGAAGGCAUGGCCUCGGGUUGGCAGUACAAAUUCUCGGAAGUCAAGUGCUUGUCUGGGAGCUGGAAGAAAGUACUUCUCCUAUUUACUCUUAAGGAUUCUUCAAUCUUCAUUGUACUAGUCAACAUGAUCAUCAACAUACUCUUCUUGAUUAUAUUAAGUACUCAAGUACAAUUAUAAGUGCAAGAGUUUUUUCAUGAUCAACUUUCUUCCACACGACCACCCAGGGCAACAUGACGAUGGUUGGGCUGGGCACAGAUCUGGAUUUUUCGCAGGAAGGUACACCUGUGAAAUACACCGACUUGUGGCGUGACUAUGGCAGUGCUGCAGGUGAAAUGGCCAGCAUGAAUGGAGUCGGUAUGGAAAUCAAAGAGUGUGGCUGCAUAAAGCCGCCUGAGAAAUCCAAGGGGAACCAGGAUCCUACUCGCAAGUGCAGUACGCCCAGCGGUGGGAGUCAACAAGGAGGUGGAAUGGGUCAACAAGGUGCUGGCGUGGCAGCAGGUCCGAUGAAUCUUCGCAAGCUCGCAGAAACGAAUAUGCGUGAGCGCAAAGCGUUGCACCGCGCGCUUCGGACGGAACGCGUGCAGGCGAUGCAGCACCUGAAAUGGUACCGCGACGCGCCGAUUCGGUACCUCGCCGAUAUGCAAGUCCAGCGCCGCGAGCGCCGCCUGCAGAAGUACAACCUGCACUACAUCUUCGGAUCGCACAAAGCCAGCGCCGUCGAGGACUUCGCUCACGUCUUGCCACCUUUGGCGGAUUACCGCUCCAAAGAGGGAAUGCGUCGUCUCGAAGUGGCGGAUGCUGGCGAUUAUGCGAGGACGCGUGCGCUUACCGCAGCUGCAGACAUAGUAGAGGACACCAAAAUCAAGGGUGAAACGGUAAUCGACCGCAAACAAUGCAAAAUUAUGGGAGGCUUGUUUCAUUCAUUUUCAUCUCAGUAGAUCUCACACAGCAUCAUCUUGACACCCUUCUUCCUCUCGUCCCCUGUGUGUAGUCCCGUGAAGAUGAAGUACAAGGGCAAAAAAGGCGUCGUCGAGAUGAGGGGACCAAGAAGAUGAAUACAUGCAGAUGCACCCUCUAAGAAAAAGGAAAAAAAGGCGGCAAUGCAACAGCAGCGUCGUCUGCUCGCAGCCAAAUACUUUACGCCGACGCAGAAGCGUGAGCUCUUAGCGGAGGGUCGUCGUCGCCUGCAGAAGGCACAGUCAAUGCUCGAGAAGAAGCGCAUGCUGAAAAAGAAGAUGAAGAAUCUGCGCGGCGGCCGCGGUGCGAAGACUUUGGCUGGCAAACAGGCGGAGAAACGCGCGCUUCAGUUUGACUCGCCUGACCCGAAUGGAAAACCGAGUGUUAUGCCCAGUGGACCUUCGCCGGAUGGCUCUGGCAAGCCUGACAUGAACAACAUGCCUGACAUGAACAACAUGCCUGACAUGAACAACAUGCCUGACAAGGAAAACAUGCCUGACAUGAACAACAUGCCUGACAUGAACAACAUGCCUGACAAGGAAAACAUGCCUGACAUGAAUGGCAUGAACGGCAUGCCAGGUAACGGUGGCAACAGGAACGACAUGCCUUUGUUCAAUGACGAAGAUAUGAUGAUGUUGGAUUUCGACGACUUAAAUCCCGAGGACAUGGAGAAGAUGAUGGAGGCUGACUUGGGCACAGAGGAACUCCAAGCGAUGGGUUUCCAAAUGCCUGAAGUUAAGGCUUUCUUCGAUGACUAACACGACUACCUAGAUAGUCGCUCGUCCAACAAUUGAAUACUUUUCGAUUUUCAACAGAAGAGAACCGAUUAGUUACAAGUAUGAAAAUUAUUCCUUGGAACUAGAAGAGAACCUAUAUAUCCAGGAAACAAUUUGAAUUUUCCUCGGUUAUAUGCUAUGUAUUGAUGUUUCCUUGACCUUGUUGUUCACCACCUUCUAAUAUACGCGGCGUCCCCGACGGAGCCGAAUUCGAGUUAUCCCCAGAGGGUAUGAUGCUCAUGAUGAUGCCGGACGGCACGGAAAUAGAACUGGAGCCGCCAGCGGGCCCCUCAGAGAUGGCACUGCCCGUGGCCUCCUUUCCCACUGACACGGUCGCUCAAAUUUAAGGGUUUUGAAAUUUCACCUACCAUCUUGUUCUAAUCUUCGCAGAGCAUAUCUUCUACGAUCUUUAUUAAUACUUAUUUCAAAUGCCGGAAAAACAAAAAGGUCAAAGGAUCAUAGUAGAUAAUAUUCGUAUUCUACAAACAGUGACUGACAUGAUCAUCAAAUUGAGGACAAGAAUAUCAAUAAACGGUGGUGGGAACAACCCCUUCUUUAAACAGUGGUGGGAACCUCUUCUUCUAAGAGUUGUUUCGCUAUCUGAACCCGACCGCCAUGUCGCAGUUCCCCAUGGGGCAGAAUGAGGAUCCUUAUACAAAAUUCACCGUCUUUACGGACGCCGAGUCUCGUCCCCGCAAUGACACCUCGACUGGAUUCAAACACAAGUGCGUUUAUGGGCAGGAGUUCUAUGUCAAGCUGGGGCCGGGCACGAAGACGAUCAGCGGAGGGAGUUCGGAGGCACACAACGGAACCGAGUUCGUCAAUUACGAAUCACUAUUUAAUGAAUCAUAAUUCAUCUAAUUCUAAAUAGGAUUAGGAGGCCAAGAACAGGAGUUGUACUUUUCUCACCUCAUCCGUGGUCUUGUUCUUCGCUUGUUCAUUUCUUUGCUUCUCUCUUCUGAAAUACAAAUAUGGAGGUUGUAGCUGCAUCGCAUAUGGAGGUUGUUCAUUUUCAUUUAGUGAAGAUUUGUUUGUGAAGAUUCUGUUGAUACUAUCAAUACGACACGCGGCGCCUAGAAUAGAUGGAUCCUACUUAGCAUGGCCAUUGCUACAAUAUCUGUACUUCUCUAUCCUUUACCUACUCUCCUUUUUCUUUUCCUAGUUAGCUUGGCUCCACCCAUAUAAUAUCACAUAGACAUUCUCAACAACAUGAUCAUUCUUUUUCUUGACGUGACGACCUCUUCUUGUUCUAAGUAACAUUGAACAAAGUGGACGGCGUCAGCUGGAGCUGCAUUGCGGGGUACACAGAUCAAGUUCCGGAGGAGGCUAUGGCACUUGAUCUCAUUCUCGCUCUCGAAGCUACCAGUGGCGGAGUCCCUACAACCGCGCCAGGUGACACGGUUCUUGUCGACGUCACCAACAAGGCACUUCUCAUUUUUUCUAGUUGUACUUAGAUUUAAGUGAAGACACGGUUCUUGUCGACGUCACCAACAAGAUACUUCUUCUAGUACAACUUAGAAUGAACAGAAACAUCCGAAGAUAUCGAUAUUUAUGGUAUGCUUAUGGAUAAGUGUUUUAUUAUGCAGCACGACCAUCCACAUGAUUCAUAAUCAUUCUUCUCAUCUUUUCACUCUCAUCUCUUUUUACUCAUCUUUCUUACUCCUUAACCUUAAGUACUCCUGUUAUUCCACCUACAUCGACUUCUAUCUAGGCUGGUGUAGCGGAGGUGCACAGGAUUGAGAUCGGCGGUUCGCAGGGACAGGCCAACUACCAACAGCUGCAGGCUGCGAUAGACGAAAAGCAAGAGAUGUUAAGGGUGAAUUAUUCGAAAACUCAAAAUAAACGAGUUACUGACUGAAAUAAGCAAGGUAGCUUAACGUCAAGGCUACCUUUCCUUCUCAUCAGUAUCUCGGUUAUUCUGAUCAGUUACUUACUCGCUUAUUUCAGUUUUUCGAGUAUACAAUUCGUUUUUACUUCUCGCUUCUCCCUGUUUCGUUCUUAGGGUUCUUGGGAGAAAUGCAGGCAAGAUCAAGAAAUGAAAUUCCUUCCAUUUUUUUUCCAUAGCUUUUUCGUUCUCUUCCUUGCAUUGUUCUGUUCAGAAUUGUUAGUAGCUCCUCUAAAAAUGGUUUGGGAAGGCCUCAUGGGAGAUAUGGAGAUGGACAUGAUGGAGGACAUGUUUGGCGGUGGAGACAUGAUGAUGGACGAUCCCAUGAACAUGGGUGUGGAUCCUAAGGCUAUGGAUCCUAAGGCCAUGACUCCUGAUCCUGAGGCUGUGCGCCCUCCAGCUGCUGGCCCUUCUCAGAAAAGUUAA